UAUUCGAAGCUAACAAUUAUAAUACUGGGGAUUUGAUUACGAGUACUCGGAAAGAACGUCAAACUCAACUGGGCCUAUCAAAACGUACUUUAUCAAUAUUGGAAAAUCCUUCUACGCCUUUAAAGAUGUCAAAAGAUGAAAGAAGUGAAUUUAUGGCCAUUUACCCAGAUGUUUUGCAAGACCUGACCGUGAUAGCUGAUAAAUUCAAAAGUAGAUACGCUGCAGAUGGGCUAUUAAAGGCUGUAGAUUAUAAUAUGUCGCCAACGAAUGGGAAAUGUGGCCUUAUCUCUGUUUUGACAUACAAAAGUUUAGCCAAAGGCCAUAAACUGAACGCAGAAAAAUUAAGACUGGCGAAUUUGCUUGGCUGGUGUGUUGAACUGCAACAUUGUGCUUUACUAAUCUCUGAUGAUAUGGUAGACAAUGGCAUUGCACGUCGUGGCAAGUUGUGUUGGCAUAAAUUAGACGAAGUUGGUCUAAAUGCCAUUAAUGACGCGCUAAUGAUCGAAAACUGCAUCUUCGUAUUACUCAAAAAGCAUUUCCGUUACUUGGAUUGUUAUGUCGAUUUGAUUGAAUUAUUUCAUGAAAAUACUUUUAAAUGCAUAUCUGGACAAUCAUUGGAUAUGCUGCUUAGUAAAAAGAGUGUCGACACUUUCAAUAUGGACAUUUACAACACAGUUGUGAUGAAUAAAACCUCAAACCACUUCUUCUACUUGCCCAUAAUGUUGGGUUUACAUUUAGCGGGCGUAAAAGAUAAGAAAAUCUUCGAUGCAUGCGAAACUAUCACAAUUGAACUGGGCCAGUUCUUUCAAACACAAAAUGAUUUUCUCGAUUGUUUUGGUAAUCCUGAUGUUACUGGCANAAUUGGCACAGAUAUACAAGCGAAUAAGUGUUCCUGGUUGGCGGUGCAGUGUAUGGAGCGAGCAAGUCCUGAACAGAGAGCUAUCAUGGAGCAGUGCUACGGCCAAUAUGAUCCCCAGAAAAUUGCGAGAGUCAGGCAAGUCUAUACGGAGUUAAACCUACCAAACACCUAUGCCAAAUACGAGGAAGAAACAUAUAAUAGGAUCAAAACACUUAUUCACAAAGAAUCGGAUGGUUUACCGCGUGAAGCUUUAUUAGAAAUACUGAAUACACUUUUUGAAAAAAAUAUCAAAUAAAAAUAAAAUAAUUUUA